GCAAUGGCAUCUUCCAUCAAUUAACUGCUACAUUUAGACAGUGGAAGCUUCAUAAGAGCAGCUCAGCAGGAUUCCAGCAGGACAUUUACUAAUUCAGAACAUCCAGAACGUCUCAACCUCCAAGAAUGUCUUCCCAGGAGCCACCUGAUGUUCAUGCCAUCCCCAUGAAUGAAAAACCAGAAAAGGAGAAAACCAAAGAUAAAAUAUUUGCUGGGAUUAAAAGAAAGAAGAAUGAUAAGAAAGUAGAAAACUUGAAAAGGGAGCUGGAGAUUACUGACCACAAGUUAACUAAAGACGAAUUGGAAAAUAAAUAUUCUGUAGAUAUCAAACAGGGUUUGAGCACUGCAGCUGCCCAGGAAAUUCUCACCCGGGAUGGACUCAACAAGCUCACUCCUCCAAAAGGAACUCCUGAAAUUGUCAAAUUUUUGAUGCUAAUGGCGGGUGGAUUCUCCAUUGUUUUCUGGAUUGCGGCCGCCUUGUGCUUUCUUGCAUAUGGCCUUCAAGUUGCACAAGAUCCUAAUGUUUCCAAAGACAAUCUGUGGUUGGCGAUCAUCCUGAUUUUAGUGGUGGUGAUGACAGCCAUCUUUGCUUAUUACCAGGAAGCUAAAAGUACCAAUAUUAUGGCUGGCUUUAAGAAUAUGGUACCCCAGCAAGCCUUGAUUCUUCGUGAUGGAAAACGUAUUGAGAUGUUAGCAGAGAAUCUUGUUGUUGGGGACAUUGUUUUUAUUAAAGGAGGAGAUAAAAUCCCAGCUGAUUUACGUAUGCUUGAAUGCCAAGGCUGCAAGGUUGACAACUCAUCUCUCACUGGUGAAUCAGAGGCGCAACCUCGUGGUGUGGAGUGCACAGAUGAUAACCCUCUAGAGACCAAGAACCUGGGCUUCUAUUCUACAACCUGCUUGGAGGGGACAGCAUACGGUAUAGUAAUUAACACAGGUGACCGUACAGUCAUUGGACGUAUUGCAUCACUUGCCUCACAAGUCGGGAACCAGAAGACACCCAUUGCCUUGGAGAUUGAGCACUUUGUGCAUUUGAUCAGUGGGCUUGCAGUGGCUGUUGGCCUACUUUUCUUCAUCAUCUCCAUCUCUAUGGGAUAUAGUCCCCUCAAUGCUGUAAUAUUCUGUAUUGGUAUCGUGGUAGCUUAUGUGCCUGAGGGACUACUGGCAACUGUAACAGUUUGUCUAUCCCUGACGGCAAAGCGUAUGGCAAAAAAGAAUUGCCUGGUGAAGAACUUGGAAGCUGUUGAGACUCUUGGGUCCACAUCAGUCAUUUGUUCUGACAAGACUGGGACCCUUACCCAGAACCGUAUGACAGUGGCACAUAUGUGGUUCGAUAAUAUCAUCCACAAUGCAGAUACCAGUGAAGAUCAGACAGGUGAAAUGUUUGAUCAGAGUUCCCCAACUUCGCAAGCACUGAGUAGAAUCGCCACCCUCUGUAACCGAGCAGAAUUCUGUGCUAAUCAGGAAGAAGUUCCUAUCAACAAGAGAACAGUCAACGGAGAUGCCUCAGAAGCAGCUUUAUUGAAAUUUACUGAGAAUAUUAUAGGAAAUGUCAUGGACAUUAGGGAAAGGAAUGAAAAAGUUUUGGAAAUCCCAUUUAAUUCCAGCAACAAGUACCAGGUCUCUAUUCAUAUCCCAGAAGAUCCUGCUGAGAAAGGUUACCUGCUAGUGAUGAAAGGGGCCCCAGAACGUAUCUUGGAUAGAUGUAGCACCAUCAUGAUAGGAGGACAGGAAGUGCCACUGGAUGGUGAAAUGAAAGAUAACUUUCAGAAGGCCUAUAUCGCCCUGGGGAGUCUGGGAGAGAGAGUUCUUGGUUUCUGUCAAAUUCUGCUUCCUUCUUCUGCCUAUGGGCCGAGUUACCCUUUCAAUGCAGAAAGUGGAAAUUUCCCCUUAGAAAAAUUAUGCUUUGUUGGCCUCAUCUCCAUGAUUGACCCACCUCGCUCCAGUGUUCCUGAUGCAGUCAUGAAGUGUCGUAGUUCAGGCAUUAAGGUUAUUAUGGUCACUGGGGACCAUCCAAUCACAGCAAAAGCAAUUGCAAAAAGUGUCGGUAUUAUUUCAAGUACUAAUGAGACGGUGGAAGAUAUUGCCAGCAGACUAGGAAUCCCUGUUGAACAAGUUAAUCCCAGGGAUGCCUGUGCCGUUGUAGUAAAUGGAGGUGAAAUAGUUGACAUGAGUUCUGAUGAACUGGAUGACAUCUUGAGAAAUCAUACAGAAAUUGUGUUUGCCCGGACCUCACCCCAACAAAAACUUCUCAUUGUCGAAGGUUGUCAGAGACUAGGUGCCAUUGUGGCUGUGACUGGGGAUGGUGUGAAUGACUCCCCUGCAUUGAAAAAAGCCGAUAUUGGUGUUGCAAUGGGAAUUGCUGGCUCUGACGCUGCCAAACAUGCCGCCGAUAUGAUUCUUCUGGAUGAUAACUUUGCUUCUAUUGUGACUGGUGUGGAAGAAGGUCGCUUGAUAUUUGAUAACCUGAAGAAGUCCAUUGCAUACACCGUAACCAAAAACAUACCAGAAAUGAUUCCUUUCAUGGUCUAUGUGAUCAUCAGCUGCCCCUUGCCCAUAGGAACCAUCACCAUCCUCUUCAUAGAGCUGGGAACUGACAUUAUCCCUUCUAUUGCAUUAGCAUAUGAGAAACCAGAAAAUGAUAUUAUGACCAGAAAGCCACGCAAUCCGCACAAGGAACGACUGGUGAACAUGCCACUGCUUUCAUACUCCUACCUUCACAUUGCUGCAAUGGAAGCCUUUUCUGGGUUUGUGAACUACUUCACUAUCUUGGCUGAACAAGGAUUCCUUCCAGCUAGAACAAUUGGACUCAGACUCGACUGGGAGGACAAAAACAAAAAUGAACUGGAAGACAGUUAUGGGCAGGAAUGGACCUAUAACCAGCGUCUCUACCAGGAGUGGUAUAACUACUCAGCUUUCUUUGUCGGUAUUGUGGUCUGCCAGAUGAUGAAUGCAAUUAUCCGAAAAACAAGAAGGAACACCCUGCUAACCAGUAAUUUCUUCAGGAAUAAAAUUGUCUUCUUGGGUGUACUCUCACAAAUAGCCGUUGGAAUAAUCCUCCUCUAUGUUCCUGGAUUGAAUGAAGGAUUGCACUUUAUGCCCAUUCGAGUCCAAUACUGGUUUUGUGGAAUUGAGUACACAAUUCUCAUCUUAGUUUAUGAUGAAAUUCGAAAACUUCUCAUAAGAAAAUUUCCUGGCAGUUGGGUGGAUAAGGAGCUUUACUACUAAAUUACCAUGAAGAUUUUCCAUUACUGGACCAACAUUCUGACUGCAUCCCUCCAUUUUUUUCUGUACAUAUUGUAUAAUUGUAUAU